AUGAUUGUGCUUUCCCUGACGUACGCUGAUAUUAGCCUUCAAGAUUGUCUUCCUAGUCUUCUCAAGUGCCUCAGGGAUGAUCAUGGCCUCUGGUCGUCUGAGCCUGUCGCGAAUACAUUUCUAGCCCAAGCUUCGCGACUGGAGACUAGCUUCUUCAAUUCGCGCAGCAGGGGCAUUGUACCUCCUAGCCAGCUUUACCUGGUUGAAGCAUUACCACAGGCAUAUUCAGGCCUUGUCUUGAUCGCUACAUCCUGGAGAUACUCCAUUGCCGCCCUGAAAUACUAUAAAAAGGCAUCUUUAACUAAGGUAACUUCUAGUUAA